CCCUGGCCCUGCAGCCUCGAGCACCGCCGGGCAUCGCAUCGAAGACAGCAGCGGAGGAAGUUGUGGCGAACAUCCAAAGGCAUCCAGUGUUCAGUCGCGACCGAGCCAGGAACCAGGAACCAGGAAACAGGAUUCCGAACGGAUGAAUGGCAGGCAGGCCUGGUGAUCUGCGAGUAUGCAUGCAAUUUGCAACACAUGUCUCCUCAAUUUGUGAGCACAAGUCGCAGACAGGCCAGGCCAGGCCACUCGCCGCGGCGCUAGCACUAUGAUUCGGUUUGUCCGUCUCGGCUGGAGAUGGACAUCGCGUUCUGAUCCAGUCACUCCGCCCACCAGAGGGCGCAGGGCGCACAGCGCCCCAUGGCCAUCAUCGGCAUUCCGAUGCCGGCCCAGGCGCUGUACUCUGGGCACCGGGCCCCUAAUUAUAGUGGCCGAGGUGUCCUGCGUCGUUCCUAGCCAUUGUCCUCAAACGGGACCAGGCUUUUGCGCACCGCCGACUGAUUGGCGACCUUUUCCCUUCGCUCGUAGAAAGCGGAAGGUUCAGUUCUCCAAGGCUCUCGACCCGUACGACGCUCGAUCGACCAAUUACGUCGGAACCAGACUGCGGGCUCUGGCUUCCGAGCCCAAGGGUUGGACGUUGGAGGUUGGACGCUGGCAGGCCGGCCAUCCGAAAGAAAAAGCAGCAUGGCGCUUUUCGUCUUUGCCUUUCAAUGCUCACCGAAUUCGCCGUUUUUCAGGCUCCUCUCCCUCCUCCUCAUCCCUUCUUUUGGAUGCAGCGCGUCAGAAACAGCACAUUCUUCUGGCAUUGUUGGCUCCGUAGCUUCUUUAGUUCAAUCAGCUUGAUUACGAGUGGAGGUGUCUGCAUCAUUUCUGCACAUAUGCCUGCAAUAGAAGGUUUCAUAAAACCAGAGAGAGUUGGGUGGCUUACUUUCUUUCUUCUUGUUCGCUCGGUUCUUUCUCUUCUCAAGUAAGUCAAUGCAGAAGUUCGCUUGAGAGCCAAACUUUCGGCUGCGACUUAUCAAACAUUGUCACAUGUAAAGGCAGUUUCAGCUUCUCAUCAUUUGCCAUGUCCGUCGUGCCUACCAUGUGCUCGGAGGAUUUCUCAUGAGACAAAUCGUUCUCACCUUUUUCUAGAGUUCACUCACGAGCCGUGUAAGUGUGACAUUAGGAGAGAUAGUGUACGCUCAACGCCAUUUUCAAAAUUUUAAGAAACUGCGUGUCUAAUUUUUAAAACUUUUUGCUUUUCCAUCUGCCGGA